GCUAAUGAAGUCGUGAGCAGCAGCAGCAGCAGCACCUUCUGACCGCCAUUCCGCACCCAAAAACUUUCCAUUUCCCUCUCCCCACUCUUUGGGACUUCCUUUUGAUCCCCUCCACCGCUUGUGUCUGUGGAGGAGGAGGGGGAGCAAAGAGUGUGUGAGGGCUGCUGGAGAUUUACAAUCUGCCUUCACGCUUUUGGGACCUAGGAAAAAAAAGAAGAGUUCCACCAUGGACUGCAAGUGAAAGGAAGUCUUGUCUUAUGUGUGUUUUUGCAGAAGUUGAGGCUUUUCUCUGCUGCUUCCAGGAGUGCAAGCUGUGCCUUUAACCCACGUUGAGGGAGGGUAUCUAAAAAUACAAAACUGGCCUGAAGUGAAAUUGGGGGAAGCUGGGCAUUGGCAGCGUUCCCCCCUCUCCCACAAUUGCUCCACUGUUGAAUGUAAAGAUCUCCAUGGUAACUCAAACCCCCAGCCUCUUCUCAGCAGCCUGCAAGAAGCAGUUUUCAACAGCUCAGAGGUCUCACGACCAGAGCGUGGAUUCUUCUUGCAAACCUCAUCAUAUUGAGGUGGGGCUAAGAUGAGCAUAACCAGUGACGAAGUGAAUUUCUUGGUGUAUCGCUAUCUCCAGGAGUCAGGUUUCUCCCAUUCAGCCUUUACAUUUGGAAUAGAGAGUCAUAUUAGCCAAUCCAACAUCAAUGGAACACUAGUGCCACCUGCUGCCCUCAUCUCCAUACUUCAGAAAGGUCUGCAGUAUGUGGAAGCAGAGAUAAGCAUCAACGAGGAUGGUACAGUAUUUGACGGCAGACCUAUAGAGUCACUAUCACUGAUAGACGCAGUCAUGCCUGACGUAGUACAGACCCGGCAGCAGGCCUUCAGGGAGAAGUUAGCUCAACAGCAAGCUAGUGCAGCAGCUGCUGCUGCCGCCGCUGCCGCCACUGCAGCUGCCACAACAACAACAACAACAACAGCAACAGCGACGACAACUGCUGUCCCACAGCAGAAUACACCAAAGAAUGGAGAAGCCACUGUGAACGGGGAGGAGAAUGGGGCACAUGCAAUAAAUAAUCAUUCAAAGCCAAUGGAAAUUGACGGAGAUGUUGAAAUCCCUCCUAACAAAGCCACAGUCCUUCGGGGCCAUGAAUCAGAGGUGUUCAUUUGUGCCUGGAAUCCUGUCAGUGAUCUGCUAGCAUCAGGGUCUGGUGAUUCCACUGCCAGAAUAUGGAAUCUUAAUGAAAACAGCAAUGGUAGUUCUACUCAACUAGUUUUAAGGCACUGUAUAAGAGAAGGAGGGCAUGAUGUUCCUAGCAAUAAGGAUGUAACAUCAUUGGACUGGAAUAGCGAUGGAACACUAUUGGCUACAGGAUCAUACGAUGGUUUUGCAAGAAUAUGGACGGAAGAUGGAAAUCUUGCAAGCACCUUAGGUCAACAUAAAGGGCCCAUCUUUGCUCUGAAGUGGAACAAAAAGGGAAAUUACAUUUUAAGUGCUGGUGUGGAUAAAACAACGAUAAUUUGGGAUGCGCAUACAGGGGAAGCUAAACAGCAAUUUCCUUUCCACUCAGCCCCUGCUCUGGAUGUAGACUGGCAGAACAACACUACUUUUGCAUCUUGCAGCACCGACAUGUGCAUACAUGUAUGCAGACUUGGCUGUGAUCGUCCAGUCAAAACAUUUCAAGGCCACACGAAUGAGGUCAAUGCAAUCAAAUGGGACCCCUCUGGUAUGCUUCUAGCGUCCUGCUCAGAUGAUAUGACAUUAAAGAUUUGGAGUAUGAAGCAAGAUACGUGUGUACAUGACCUCCAGGCACAUAACAAAGAGAUCUAUACUAUCAAAUGGAGUCCAACGGGACCAGGGACCAGCAACCCAAACUCCAAUAUUAUGUUGGCAAGUGCUUCAUUUGACUCUACUGUUCGGUUGUGGGAUGUUGAAAGAGGAGUGUGCACUCACACGUUAACCAAACAUCAAGAACCUGUCUACAGUGUAGCUUUUAGUCCCGAUGGAAAAUACUUAGCCAGUGGUUCCUUUGACAAAUGUGUCCAUAUAUGGAAUACUCAGAAUGGCACUCUAGUACAUAGCUACCGAGGCACUGGGGGAAUAUUUGAAGUCUGCUGGAAUGCUAGAGGAGACAAAGUGGGAGCCAGUGCAUCAGAUGGAUCGGUUUGUGUUCUAGACCUGCGAAAGUAAACGUUUUAGAAGAAAUUGCAAAUGGACCAGCAUUGAAUGUGUGGGUAGAAGCACUCUUCAAAACUAUUUUUAACAUUUCUAGAACUGCAAGAACUGAGGGAAACAAACAGAAUGGGGGGGAAAAACCCAGAGGGUACAACAAAAGCAACUCUCCCAGGCAACAGAAGCCCGCAAUGUUUUUGUCCAUAUCCUUCACCAAGGAGUUAAAACGCAAUCACUUGAGGGGGGGGGGGAGGGGGGAACGGUUUCCACCUGGAAUAUUCAGCCUUUGGAAGCCAGCAGGAGGCCACCAGCAGCUAAGACCCUGCAGUGUUUGCUUUGGUUCUGUGAGAACUCGUUCUGAUGGCUGCAGAAGAGAAGAGGAAGCUGUGCCAAAUAUAAUAAUAAGAAUAAGAAUAAGAAUAAUAAUUCAAAACAAAACAAAACGUAUAAAGCAAAAUGCUUUGCUAAACCAAAAUGGGAAAAAGAAUCCUCCAUGCGGUGUUGUAUUUUUUCCCUUCCAAUCUGGACACUACAGUUGCUCUCCCAAAGGACGUUCAAAGACCAGUUUGUACCGAUGACAUGCGCAACUUUGUAAUCACAACACUUUCUAUUUUCUAGACUACUUUUAUUUGUUCAGUGGUGGUUGUUUUUUCUAUCAGCUGGAAUAUUAUAGCCUUGAGGAUCACAGGCAUAGGUUUGGACUGAAACUUUCUGUUCUUUUCUUUCAGUGCCCUUUUUUGUUUGUCUUGUUUUGUUUUGCUUUUUCCCUUUUAUGCCCGUAGUAAAUGCAGGCAGGUGGGCAUGAUGAAAAGUAACAGGCUGCUGCUCUUCUCCUCUUAUCUCUCCCUCUCUGUUUCCUCUUCUCUUCCAGCUUCUUCUUUUUCUUUUUAAUACUUCCAUGCUUCCCAUCUUAGAGUCUCAAGGGCACUUUCAAAAAAUUGUGUAAUAAGUGCUUUAUGUAAGAAUGCAGUGCCGGGAAAGGUUUUUACAGGAGAAAUAUGACUUUUUAAAAGAGAAAGAGCCCAGUGUAUUUUUGGAAAGGGGGGGGGGAAAGGUAUUUUUUACGUUAAAACACAAUUUUAGAAGCUUGAAAUCUCUACCAGAUGUAGAGCAGAUUGUGUUAGUCAUUGAAAAGAACACUUCAGAUGGAUCCUGAUAAACAUUUAAAGAUGCAGUAUCCUUUUUAUCUCCUCAUGAAAGGUAAUUUGCUAAAGCAACUCAUGUCAAGGUGUGUCUUUCUUAAAAUGCAAGGGGAAAAUGCUUUCAUCUUUUAGAUGUAUUAGCAGGUCAUAAUAUCAAUUAUAAUCACAUAAUUUCAGAAGUAUAGAGUUUUAAAAUUAAAUAUUUCUCUCUCUCUCUCUCUCUCUAGCUUAAUGCGAUUUUUUUUUAAAAAAAAAAACUUUCUUGCAAAAGCAGUUCCACCAUGGCACAAAGGCCAGUUUCCUGCCUUUCUACUCAAAAUGGACAAUUGUUUCUGCUUCUAUUCUGAGUAAUAAAAGGAUAGUCUAGAUUUUCAGUAUAUAGAUUUUUAAAAAAUUAUUUUAUUUCUGUUUACAAAUACUACUACACUAGUGCCUCCGUAGUAGAGAUGUACAGUGUGUUCACUUUUUUGGACAACUGCUUCACUGCCCAAGAUAUUAACAUAAUAAACCUGCAAUCCUAUGUCCACUUACCUGGAAGUAAGCCCAUUAAACUCAAUGGGACUUGCUUCUAAGUAGAUGUGCAUAGGAUUGCACUAUGUAAUAGGUUUUAAGAUUAGAAUUUAAAUACUGACAAACAGUUGCUGUAACAUUAAAACAGCAAAUCAUUAUUCCUUUUUCCCCACAACCAGUUUUCAGAUACUGCAGAAAUUGCACCUGAAUUUGCCUUUACCUGAGGCAUUCUGCAUGCUAUAUAGAUCAGCAAGCUUUCCAUGAGAGGAAGAUACUGCAUUUUUAACAUGGUAAACACUGGUCUCUAUAUAGACCUGAUAUUUCUAGGUAUGAACAAGUAUUAGUCCCCUAAUUCACAAAACCUUGAUUUUUAUUUUAAAAACAAACAAGCUAACUUUAGAGCCAAGUGAAGUGCACUUUGUCAAAGGUAAGGGUCGGUUUUUGUUUUGUUUUGGGGGGUUUCUCUUUCUUUCUUUCUUUCUUUCCUUCUUUCUUUCUUUGCCUUUUAAAAAAUGUGGUUCUUUGUCAAUUGCAGAAUUGUUCUUUCAGCCACUCACUGAUAGUCUGAAUUCUGGCUUCUGAAGUUUUAUUGUCUGUGUCAGACUUGAAGCCAGGCUUGGGUUCCCAUUUCAACAUUUCCCAGCUUCUGUUGAAACAACAUCUCCUCCCUCCCCGCCUGUUUUGUCUAUACACCCCUCCCCUCUCAUACACACAAACACACACACACACACUCACCCUCAGCAAAUCACCUUGUGUGUUGUAGUUCAUUUGUUUCAAGGAGAGAAUCAACAAAUCAUAUUCAGUGUCUUGAAUAAAUUGCUAUAUUUUGAUAUUAGAAAA